AUGUUCAUAGAUAGAGACAACAUAAAAUACAAUAAUACAUACCUCAGUUUCGUACCUUUCGUUGUGCAUUGUACUCACCUUGCGUAUACGAAAAUUAAGGCCAAUCGACAAAAACGUUAUAAAGAUAUAGAUUAG